AGUUGCUUCUCGGUGAAGAAAACACACAUGAGAAAAACAAUCCUAGAUGUGGGAUGAAUGGGAAACAUUCUAAAUGUGCCUUUCUGAGAAGAAACAGUUUAAUCAUUAGCGUACUGAUUGGGGUGGCUUUAGGAUUUGUCAUUGGCUUUGGUGUGAGAGUUGUGGAGCCUUCAGAAAAUGCUAUCAUUUGGAUUGGUUUAUCAGGAGAAAUUUAUAUGAGGGUGUUGAAAAUGAUGCUUCUUCCUUUGGUCGUGUCGACUAUCAUAACAGGAGCUGCUUCUAUGGACCCAAAAUCAAACGGGCGGAUAAGUGCCCUCUCUGUGGGUUACAUCAUCAUUACCAACACAAUAGGAGCCAUCAUUGCAAUAAUUGUCUUCUUAAUGAUCCAGCCAGGAAAAGAUUUGAAGAUCCCUAGUUCUGAGAGCAGCGAUUCUGUACAGACAGACAUUGAAACCAGCGACAUGUUCGCCGACAUGAUCAGGAACUUUUUUCCAGAUAAUUUAGUGACGGCUUGUUUUCAAAAGACUCAGACUAAAUACUCGCAUGUCCCACGAGUUGUUAUGAUGAACGGUACCAAUAGUUCGGUUACAGUUGUACAUAAAUCCCUCUCAUCAACAUCAGGGGUUAACAUUCUGGGACUUAUUAUUGCUUGCUUGCUAUUUGGUAUCACUGCCAGUACGUUAGGAAAGAGGGCGAAACCUUUCAUAGAAUUGUUUGAAACCAUAUCCAUUAUAGUUAUUAAACUAUUAAAGUGGAUCAUUUGGAUGACCCCUGUUGGAGUUGCAAGUUUGAUAGCUACAGCCAUUUUGAAAGCACAUGACAUAGAAAACGUUUUCAGCAGUAUGGGCAUGUUUGUUCUAGCCCAUGUGGUUGGGUUAUUAUUUCAUCAGUUGGUCCUUAUUCCAGUCAUCUAUUUCAUAGCAACGAGAAAAAACCCUCUCUAUUUCUUCAGUGCUAGCCUUCGGCCUUGGUUUACUGUAUUUGGACCACCUAGCACUCUCCUGUCAACUGUGGGCUCUUUCGCAGUUCCAUCUGUCCCCAGUGCCAGUAUUGUGUCUCUUCUGGUUGUUCUGUCUUCCAUUGACAUUGAAGUACACAAUAUAGGUCUUCUUAUGGCCUUGGAGUGGUUCAAUGACCGUUUUCGAACUACUAGCAACACGUUGACCAUCAUUGUGGGGGCAGUUGUUAUUGAAAGACUCUGUCGGUCUAGUCUGAGGUCGGCAUCAAACAACAGUCUUGAAGAAGAUCCCACGAAAGAAUCAGAGAUCAAAGUUAUUGUUGAUAAUGGAUUGAAUACCUCAAAGAUUUGAUAACAUGCUAAUUGG